UGUUCCUGAACCAGCUUUCCUGCCGGGACCUGCUGCAUCCCAGUUCUUCCCUCCAGCAGUUGCCACGGGGGGAAUCAUCCCCCAUCCUCCCUGCACUGAUGGAUGCUUUCACUCCCUGACCCACCUCGAUCCCAAAUCCCUCCCCAGGCCCUAAUCCCGGGAUUGGGACCGCCGUGGAGCCCGAGGUGCUGUCCAUGGGAUGGGGAGCUGGGAAUUGCGGGAUUUUAGGGAGGGACAGAGUUAAAGGCGGGGAAGGAGGGUUUCCUCCUGGCACGUGGCUCCAUGUCAGCCGGCAGAGGCAUCGCAGGGAAAGCGCCGGAGGAAUUCACCGGGAGCAGCGAGACGCUGCUUAGAGGGAAAUCGGUGUUUGGAUCCCGGCAGCCAAGCUGAUCCCGGGCAGCGGGGCCGGUGCCGGUGCCCGUUGGGCGCUGUGACCAUGUUCAACGGGGAUGGCAGCUCCUCAUCCUCCAGGAACGUGGUGCGCAGCUCCAGCAUCAGCGGCGAGAUGUACAGCCUGGAGAAGAGCGCGCGCGGCAGCGCCGACUCCGUCACCGUCACCGCCAGCAAGAAGCGACGCUCCAGCCUGGGCGCCAAGAUGGUGGCCAUCGUGGGGUUGUCCCAGUGGAGCAAGAGCACCCUGCAGCUCAACCAGACCGAGGGAGGCCCCAAAAAACUGCGCAGCACCAUCCGCAGGAGCACCGAGACCGGCAUCGCCGUGGAGAUGAGGACCAGGGUGACCCGGCAGGGCAGCCGGGAAUCCACGGACGGCAGCACCAACAGCAACAGCUCGGACGGCACGUUCAUCUUCCCCACCACUCGGCUGGGAGCAGAGAGCCAGUUCAGCGAUUUCCUGGACGGGCUAGGGCCGGGGCAGCUCGUGGGGCGACAGACGCUGGCAACGCCCCCGAUGGGUGACGUCCACGUGGGCAUGGCUGACCGCAACGGGCAGCUGGAGGUGGACGUGAUCCAGGCCAGGGGACUCAUCCCGAAGAUGGGCUCCAAGUGCAUCCCUGCCACCUACGUGAAGGUUUACCUGCUGGAGAACGGCGUCUGCCUGGCCAAGAAGAAAACCAAGGUGGUGAAGAAAACCUGCGACCCCUCGUACCAGCAGCCCCUGCUCUUCGAGGAGAGUCCCCAGGGCAAAGUCCUGCAGGUGAUCGUGUGGGGCGAUUACGGGCGCAUGGACCACAAGUGCUUCAUGGGGAUGGCCCAGAUCAUCCUGGAGGAGCUGGAUCUCUCCAGCACCGUCUCGGGCUGGUACAAACUCUUCCCCACCUCGUCCCUGGCCGACUCCAGCAUCGGACCCCUGACCCGCCGCCUCUCCCAGUCCUCCCUGGAGAGCUCCACCAGCCCCUCCUGCCCCUAAAGGCUGGGAUUGGGGAAGGAGACACCCAGGGAGAUCUCACAGAACUGGUCGUGGAGAGCUGUAAAUAUCUUUUU